AUGGCAUUCACCUUGAGCGUCACUGGUGGCCAUAUCCCCAGACCAGCGAAAAUUCUAGAUUUUCCGUUCAACUCGCGGUUCCCGAAACUGCAGUGGAUAGGGAUACGAUUUCUUGUGCCGGUGCCUGCCGCUGCCAUGUGGUGCUGUACUGAGCACCACCAGCCACAUGCAAAGCGCACACUAUCUUCUCUUGAUAACAUGCGUUUGAAAACGCUCUGGUUUUGCUUUCUGCUGACGGAUUUCGGCAGUCUGCUUCUAAACACGGUAGACAGCGCAUCGCUUCGGACGCUGACAAAGUCAAUGAGACCUCAAAUUAUUUUGAGAGAUGGUUCGAUGGUUUUUCAAUCUGCUGUGGGAAAAAACAUUCACUUUGAAUCAAAUGGUGGCCAAGUUUUUUUGAACCAAGCAAACUUGCUAGAACUGGCACAAACUGUCACUGCCGCUGCAAACACGAUCAAUUCUUUACAUGCAGGUGUACUGUCAGAUUUUGAAAGUCGUUUGAGACUUCUGGAAACUACAGUUUUAGGAAGUUUGGGAGUGGAAAACAGAGUUUCUCAACUAGAACAGACAAUUUCAAACGGAACAUCUGGAGCAGAUUUGCCAGGAAAUAUAGGUGCAAAAAUAAAGACAUUAAACGCAAAGGGAACGUUAUGUGAUGUGGAUGUAAAUGAGUGUGCUCAGUUUGCUGGCACUGAUCUUGGAUGUCAGAAUGGGGCCACAUGCAUAAAUAGAAUUGGCACUUACGAGUGUCAAUGUGCACCCGGAUUUGUCGGACUUCACUGCACAAGAAAGGAUAAGGGGUGUUCCAAAAACAACCCGCAAGAACUUUGUGGCCAUGGUAUUUGCAUCAAUCAAGAAGGUGUUAGUGAUGGUUACACAUGUCUCUGUGACCAGGGAUGGACAAAAUCUCCAAAUUCAAAAGCAUGCACACAAGAUGUAGAUGAAUGUACUUCUGGAAGACCCGCAUGUUCUAAGAAUCCUCCAGUGUCUUGCAUAAAUUUACCUGGAACGUUCCACUGUGGUCCAUGUCCUCAAGGAUACACUGGUAAUGGAUUUUACUGUGUAGAUAUAGACGAGUGCCAAAUAAAUAAUGGUGGGUGUAGCAUGAAUCCUUCUGUUCAAUGCAUCAACACGCAGGGUUCUCGAGUUUGUGGAGCAUGCCCUCCAGGCUAUCAAGGUGACGGAGUGACAUGUACUUACCUUGGCGCUUGUAGGAUCAAUAAUGGUGGCUGCCAUCCCUUAGCACAGUGCUUAGAAAACUCAGCAAUUAGUCAGUCAUAUGUGCAGUGCAUUUGUCCAUCUGGUUAUGCUGGAUCUGGAAUUGGACCCUCCGGCUGUAUUCCAACUGCUGUUGCCCCAAUAUCUGGAGGAUCAAAUAUUUGUCAACCAAAUCCAUGUAUACACGGUACAUGUAUAGUUGCAGGAACGUCUUUUAUCUGUCGUUGUUACUCAGGAUACACAGGUGCAACUUGCGGUAAUGCCGUAAACCCUUGUGACAGUAAUCCUUGUCAGAACAGUGGAACAUGUGUGCCACAAGGAAAUGGAUAUUAUUGUAGAUGUUCUCCAUUUACAACUGGGAUGCAUUGUGAACAACAACAAAUGAGUUGUGGAGGACGUCUUCGGUCUCCAUCUGGCACUCUAAAAUUUCCCCCUUCGAAUGAGGGAAUAAAUUAUCCUUCUCAAGUGAGCUGUGGAUGGCUUAUAGUUACAAAUAGUACUCAAGUUUUAAAUGUAACAUUUAAAAGUUUCAAUCUUGAAGAAUCUCCAGAAUGCAGUUUCGAUUGGCUUCAGAUACAUGAUGGUCAUUCUUCAGCCUAUCAAUUAAUAGGACGAUAUUGUGGAUCAAGAAUUCCUAAUGCCAUUAUAAGUACACACAAUGUAUUAUAUUUAUGGUUCCGUUCAGACCGUUCAAACCAAAGGGAUGUUUGUGGUGGUGAUAUUGUGUUCCAAAGCCAUGGAUCCUUAAGUUCUCCGGGGUAUCCAGGCAAAUACCCCACCAACAGAGACUGUGAAUGGCGCUUAACGGCUCCUAACAGAAAAAGAAUAGUUCUCCAUUUCUACACCAUGAACAUUGAAAGUCACUCCAAUUGCAGCUUUGAUUUUGUUGAGAUUCGAGAUGGAUAUGAUAAUAGAAUGGUAAAGAAGUUCUGUAAUACAUCCCUUCCGGAACCUCUAACGACUCCAAGUCGCAGAGCUGUCAUUCGUUUUCAUUCAGAUGGCACAGAUUGUGGAGGUGUUCUCACAUCUGGUUCUGGAUUGAUUGUUCCUCCUCUGGAUCCUGAUUCAAACAAAUACCUACACCGAGCAACUUGUGAAUGGGUUAUUCAACUUCCUGAAGGAGAGAGAAUAAAAAUUGAGUUUCUGAAACUUAAUCUUGAAAACCACCGUAGCUGCAUAUUUGACCGUGUUGAAUUGCCAAGGCCAUACACUUCACUUGGACACAUUGUGACAAUUAUAUUUUUAACGGAUUCUUCUGUGGCAUUGGAGGGGUUCAAAAUUAAAUAUGAGGAAGUUUGUGGUGGUAUAUUUGGUGAAGAAGCUGGUCACAUCACCAGUCCAAUGUAUCCAUCAAAGUACACAAGAAAUAAAAAUUGUAUUUAUGAAAUACAGCAACCUUUGGGAAAGUCAAUUACUCUAAACUUUUUUGAUUUUACGCUUGAAGCAAAGAGUCGAUAUUCGUCCAGAUGCUAUGAUUUUGUUGAGAUUCGAGAUGGGCAUGAUGAAAAAGCUCCUUUAUUGGGGCAGUACUGUGGCACCCAAUUCCCGCCAACUAUAGUAUCAACCUACAAUUAUUUGUGGCUGAAGUUUCAUACAGAUAGUAGUAGGGAAUUUAAAGCUUGUGGAGGUAUAAUUAGAAAUCAAGAAGGUACCAUACAAACACCUCGGUAUCCAAACUUUUAUCCCAAUAAUCAUAUGUGCCGAUGGGUAAUUGUGGCUGAUGCCGGGAAUGUAAUUAAUUUGAAUUGGAUUAACUUUAAUCUUGAAGGAGAAACAGGAAUGUUUGGAGAUGCCUGCUCAUUUGAUUAUGUGGAGGUAUAUGAGAAUGUUACAGAAGGACAGCCUGGAGUACGGGUUGGAAACAGAAGAUAUUGUGGAAAUAUGAGUCCUCCCAACAUGACAUCCACGUCUAAUAUUGUAACAAUAGUCUUUAGAACAGAUUACUCUAUAAGAUUUACUGGAUUUAUUGCUCGAUAUUUACUAACGGAUGCUUCUAACCUUUGUAGUGCCAAUUUUGUGUCUUCAACUGGCACGAUACUGUCUCCUGGUUAUCCAUCUUCAUAUCCUCAUAACAUAGAUUGCACAUGGACAAUAUCCGUGCCAUCUGGACAGCAAAUUUUGCUAAACGUUUCUGAUUUUUGGCUGGAGAGGCACAGCAAUUGCAUGUGGGAUUAUCUUGAAAUAAGAAAUGGUAUACUUGCGUCUUCGCCAUUAAUAGGGAGAUACUGUGGAAGAGAGAUAUCAACACCAAUUCCUUCAAUUAGCAAUCAUUUGUACUUACGAUUUAAGACUGACUAUUCACACAGUCUUAGGGGAUUUAAUAUUACGUGGGAUGGAACAAUUACAGGAUGUGGAGGAACAUUGACUGGAAAAUCUGGUCACAUUGUUUCUCCUUACUAUCCUCAUGAAUAUAGUAUAAACACUGAAUGUUUUUACAAGAUCUCUACUAGUCAAGGAAGUAUUGUUCAAGUUAUUUUUCUAGAUUUUGAUCUAGAAUAUUCUCGGCGAUGUCUGUACGACUAUUUAGCUGUUUAUGGAGGACAAGAUACAACUUCUCCAGCACUACACCCUGGUCUCUGUCAUAAAUUAACUCAGGAAAUGAAACUAACUUCCUCUGGAAGCAAUAUGUUACUUACUUUCACAGCUGAUUCUUCAUACUCAGGACGUGGUUUUAAAUUAUCCUACAAAUCAGUUGACUCAGUUUGCGGAGGUUACUUUGUGGCUCCAAGUGGAUAUAUUCAUUCACAUAAUUUCCCCAAUAAUUAUGAUCCUCAUGAUGAUUGCUUGUGGUACAUAGAGGUAGAGAAAAACCACGUUGUGCAAUUAUCAUUCCUUACAUUUGAUUUAGAAAUGAGCAAUAAUUGCACCUAUGAUUACGUAAAGGUAUUUGAUGGAAACUCCACUGAAAGUCCUGAAAUUGCAACAUUAUGUGGAAAUGUUCUUCCCAAUAUUACAUCAUAUAGAUCAACGGGAAAUACAAUGGUUUUGAGAAUGAAGGCCGAUGGGUCGCUUAAUGGCCCAGGCUUUUCUGCCAACUAUACAACGGCCUGUGGUGCUCGAAUAGUUACGGAAGAUUAUGGGACGAUCUCACUAGCGAAUGCCAUCAACGCUAAUAGAGAAAAUCAAAACUGUUCUUGGGUAAUAAUUGGAGCACAACCACAGGAUCGAGUAACAUUAACAAUUACGCACAUGGACCUGAGUCCAAGAUAUGAAAAUUUUGGCGACGUCUGUGAAUAUGGCUAUUUAGAAGUGUAUGAUGGAGAAGAUAAAAGCUCAAGCCCUUUGGGGCCGUUCUGUGGCUCUUCGGCACCGCCUCCUAUUAUAAGUCAGGGAUCUGCCCUUCUUUUGCAUUUGGUCUCCAUGUACGGUGCCCACUAUGGAUAUUUUAGUGCUUCAUACUCAGUCAUUCAAGGAGCAUGUGGAGGCAACUUCACGUCAGAACAUGGGGCAUUUUCAUCUCCUGAAUACCCAAAUACAUAUUCUAUUAAUUCUGAAUGUGUAUGGACUAUAUCGACAUCACCAGGAAACCGUGUAACUGUUGGUUUUCGAGCGUUCGAAUUGGAACAAAGUGAUAAUUGCAACAAAGACUACUUAGAAGUUCGUGCGAAUAGUGCUGAGGGAAAUUUAAUUGGCGUGUACUGUCAAGACUUGCCGUCAAAUAUUACUGCUUCGCAAACAUUGUGGAUCAAAUUCCACAGUGACAGUGACGGAACGGCGCGAGGGUUCCUUGCGGACUACAGUUUGAUACAUGGAAAUGAACUGGAGGGACAAUCUGGCCAAAUUGCCUCCCCUCUGUAUCCAAGACCUUACCUUCAAGAAAGUGAAUAUUCUUGGAGGGUCACUGUUGCUGUUGGUAGUGCAAUUCGCAUUACGUUUAGGGAAUUUUAUAUUGAAAGUUUCAGUGAUUCAUGUGACAUGUUCCUGGCUAUAUAUGAUGGUUAUGAUGACACUGCUCCAGAAUUAAUGAAGAAAUGUGGCACCAUGGUACCAGAUCCUAUAACGUCUUCUUCAAAUAUGGUGUAUAUUUAUAUGAGUUCAAUGGGUGUAAGACACGGUUCACUCUUCUUUUUGGAAUGGUUACAAGUAGAACGAACACCUGUUCCAAGACCAACUCCACUUAGAAAUUUAACUUGUGGAGGAAUGAUAUAUCUAGGCAAUCACACAUCAAAUAGUUCUGUCUCGGAAUACAUAUUAACUAGUCCUGGCUACCCAUAUGGGUACAGACAUGGUCUAAGAUGUGAAUGGAUUAUACAAACCCCACAGCUGUAUCAUCCUGUUAUACUGUUUACAGCAAUGGACCUAGAGAGAAAUACUAGAUGUACAGUGGAUUAUGUUAGCGUCUAUUCAGCCACAGACCAGUCUGGAGAAUGGAAGCUUCUUAAUACACUGUGCCAGACUAAUGCAACUUUAACACCUCCAAUAGAUGCAUAUAACAUGAUGAAAGUUGUUUUCAGAACAGACUAUUCAGUUAACAGAACAGGCUUUGCUGCUAAAGUUUACCCUGCCUGUGGUGGCAGUGUCAAAAUGCCAAAUGGAGUAAUAGAAGUGGACAAUACAACGUCUGGGAGUUCUCAAAAUUAUUACAUGGAGUGCCAAUGGAAUAUUACAGUUAGGUCUGGACGCACAAUAAAGGUCGCUUUUGAUAGGUUUUACAUAAGAAAUGAUAGAAGUGAUAUAGCUCAGUGUGGUGAUUUGUAUCUCAAGAUCCAAAAUGGACAUUAUGCAGACUCACCUUCAUUGGGCCAACCAAAAUAUUGUGGUACUGAACUUCCAGUUAUUCCUGAAUCAACCAGCAAUCAUAUAUCCAUAACAUACAAAAAUAUACGUGGAGGACAGGGUUUUAAACUUAGAUUCUUUGAAGAAUCUGUGUCCUGUGGUGGGUCUUAUACUCUUUCACGGUUUGAUAAUUCCAUGGAAAUAUCAUCCCCUGGAUUUCCAAAUUCACCCCUUCCACAUAUAGAAUGUAUUUGGACGUUCAUGGCACCAGGAGGAGAAGCGCUGCAGGUGGAUUUUGAUCCAAUUUUUGAUUUCCAAUCAUCUAAAGAUUGUGAAGCUGACUAUGUUGAACUUCGGGAUGGAGGCACACAAAAUUCCAGAUUAAUUAAUCGUUUCUGUAUUCGCCCGCCAAGUACCCAAAGAUCUACUCAAAAUAUGAUAUGGAUAAAAUUCUUUACAAACACAUAUGAUCAUCCUUCUCGAUUCAAGGCUAAUGUGUCAAUAGCAAGAUGUGGUGGAAUUAUUCGCAAUUGGAGAGGAGAUAUUCGUUCUCCAGGAUACCCAAGACAAUAUCCCAGUAAUACACAAUGUACAUGGAGAAUUGAAGUUGUUCACUACUCUUCAAUCACAAUAGGAUUUCAAGAUGUUGAUCUGCCUAUUUCUACACCAUGCAACAGCUCAGAUUAUGUUUCUGUUUCUGAAUACAAUCCUUUUCUCCAAACAACUAGACUUGUCAACACAGUUUGUGGUCAAAAUCCGCCAGAACCUAUUCAAGUCGCUUCUAUGACGGCUUUAAUUGACUUCAAGUCUUUUGGUGCACAGCCUGAUCGUUAUAAAGGAUUUUCCCUAAACUUUUCUUCAACAUACGAAAAUUGCGGAGGAGAGUUGACAGCACCAUCAGGAGAAAUUAAAAAUCCUGAUUAUCCCAGUGGAACUCGGUACAGAAGUUGUACCUGGACCAUAAUUGUACCAAAAUCUAGAAGAGUUACUGUUGAUCUUGUGACAGUAGAUAUGGACCUCGCUGAGAGAUAUUCUUCUGAUAUAUCGUUUUUUAACUAUCAAUAUUCAUAUUUCAUUGAUUCACUGUGGAGAAACAGAACUUUACGAAGAGUUGAAUCUUCUAGUAAUAUCAUGAAAGUAUAUUUUUAUAUUAGAACCAACCGUCCUGUACGUUUUCUGAUGAGGUAUUCUUCAGAUCAGCCAGCAGCAUGUGGUGGUGUACUGCAGGGGUCAAACGGUUCCUUUCCUUAUCCCGUGAUUUCUGGUUCGUCAUUCUUUUGUAUGUGGGAAUACAACUCCGAAUCAUCUAUAAAUGGAACGCUGGCACUUACAUUUCGCAAUGUGACAAUAGGACGUAAUAGUAACUUCUACUCUUGUCGAUACAGCGGAUCAAAGAUCAAAGUUACUUCGGCUGAUGAAAAACAAAUACUCUAUUCGACAUGUGGAAACUAUACUAAACCUCAAACAAUAGUUAGUCCAUUUUCUAAAACAAAAAUAAUAAUUGCGAUGUCUCGGGUGGCAAUGACCUACGAAGGUCAGUACUCGAUAUCUCCGUGUGGAGGGGUUUUGACCGGUCCAGAAGAGAAUGUGACAAGUCCAGGAUAUCCUAAUAAUUAUCCACCCAAUGUGCAUUGUGCAUGGGCAGUGACAUUUCCAGAAGAACUGAGGAUUACUAUCAAGUUUAAUGCAAUGCAAUUAGAAGAAACAUGUUCAAAUGACUACUUGCUAAUAUACAAUGGACCAUUACCGACGUCCCCCCUGAUUGACCGUUUUUGUGGUUCUCAUCUUCGUGAAGAUAUUAUAUCGCAGGGUAAUACUUUGUGGAUUGAAUUUCACAGUAAUGGGGAUUCACAAUUCAAGGGCUUCAGUUUAAGCCUGUCAUCUCUAUCGUCAGGAUGUGGAGGAGUGAUUCACAAUAAAGACAGAGCAAUAUUAAGCCCCAACUAUCCCAGUCAAUACCCACCUAAUAUGGAAUGUGAGUGGGAAAUACGUGCUGAUGAAGGGUAUUUUAUUCAGUUACGAUUUGUUGAUCGGUUUCAGUUAGAAGACAGUGAUAAUUGCGACAAUGAUUUCGUUGAGAUAUAUGACUAUUCUGACAGCAGUUAUGUGUCUAUUAAAAAAGUUUGUGGGAGAGAGGUACACAGAGUGAUGACGUCAACAGGAACACGAAUGAAAAUACGAUUUAAGAGCAACCAAAAUAUCCAAGGAGAUGGAUUUAAGAUCCAGUGGACUCCUCAGUGUGGAGGGGUGAUUGAAAAUGUUACGGAAGGGCAUAUAGUAUCACCUAGUUACCCUAGAGAAUAUGGUAUGAAUUUGGAUUGCAAUUAUACAGUAAAAAUGCCCGGACAUUGGAUGCGAGCUGAAUUUGAUACAUUUGAACUAGAAGGACAAGGAGGUACAUGUCGGUACGAUAAUGUUACAAUUGUCGGACCUCCAAGAUGGUCAUCAAUUAUGACACUUGGACCGUACUGUGGCACAAAUAAACCUCCUCCAUUUGUCUCAUCGAAUUACUUUUCUCUGAUCUUCAAAACCGAUUUUUCGGUUUCAAGAUCAGGCUUCCUCGUAAGAUUCAAAUCAAUAACUUCCUGUGGAGGACCGAUAAAUGAACCAGGGGCUCUUUCUUCACCUGAUACUUACGUGGAAUUCUACCAUGUACAGAUAAACUGUACCUGGACAAUUACUGCACCUGCAAAUUCUGUUGUAGUCGUCAGGUUCUCAUCAUUCCAGCUGCCUUCAUUCUGCGAUCCCUCAAUGAACGGGCUAACCAUAUACGACGGACCAUUUGUGAAUCAAAGAUAUCGUAUGGCCACCUACUGUGGAAAUCUGGAUAAAUCUCCUCCGGUUAUUAAAUCAACGGGAAAUAAAAUGGUUUUAGAAUAUCUUACAUAUUCUUUUAGUUCCAGAUCGAAUUCAUUCAACGCGGAUGUCUUAUUUACUUACGGAGAGAGCGACUGGAUGUGGUAGAAGGAGAAAUUUACCAAGCCAAGUAGCAAUCUAUUUCAUUUCACCAGAUGUUAAUAUGAUGGUCGCUACGAACCAAUCUGGACUGCCCUGGGUCUUGAAGCUCCUCCAAAAUCAAAUAAUUCGUCUCAUGAUUAAUCACCUAGCAUUUGAAAUCGUGUUAAUGCCACUACUGCAGCCAACAAAUGAUGUGGUUGUGACUACAUUUGAGAUUCGUGAUGGUGGAACUCAAUAUGAUGAAUUAAUAGGAGUAUACUGUGGAGAUCGACUGUACAGACCUAUCAUGUCUACUUCUUCUCAACUUUGGGUUCGAUUUGUAACAGACUCAUACCAAGAAGAUACAGGGUUCUACAUUGAUGCAAUGGCUCAACCUCGUGUGUGUUCAGAACCUCUUCUCAAUGUAUCAUCAACAGUGAAAUUUCUUACAUCUCAAAAUUAUCCAAACAACUAUUCACCAAGUACCCGCUGUCGAUGGAUAUUAAAUGCUCCUAGAAAAUAUUACCGAAUAGCAAUCCACAUUGAAGAUUUAAAUAUAACUGGGGAUGCAGAUUGUACUAAUUCAAGAUUACAAAUUACGGACGAAACUGCCAAUGAUGUUGUAACAACUGAACAAGGAGAUACAGUUGUAGUGUAUGGACAGUCACAAAGUAGGAGACCAUCGCAUUUUGGAUACGCCUCAAUGAUACCAGUUUCUUCUUAUUCACUUUGUGGAGAUGUCAGAAAUUUCAAUUUUUAUUCAUUAACUGGAAUGGUAUCUGUAACAUUUGUAUCUAAUGAAAUAGCGUCGAGAGGUUUUAAUUUAUCAUAUUCUUUGGCAGGUUGCAAUAGGAACUAUACUUCUCCUCAAGGACGUGUUCUCAUUACUGGACCAGUUACCAAUAGAUGUGUAAUGUUAAUUGAAGCAGAUCAAAAUGCCACAAUUUCAUUAUACUUCAAAGAAUCUAUAACCGAUAACUGUGAAACUGGUGGACUGGAGGUUCGAGAUGGAGGAUCUGCUGAUUCUCCCAGACUUGCAAGAGUUUGUUCCACCACAGUUCCCAAUCCAGUGUUUUCGACUGGCAACAUCUUAAGAUUAGAAACAUCAAGCAAUCAUUUUCAUAUAGAUGCUACAUACACCACAACAACUCAAGGACGGGGAUGUGGAGGCACUAUUUUCAAUUAUGGAGGAAUUUUCACUAGUCCUCUAUACCCUUCAAAUUAUAGAAAUGCAUCUGUCUGUGAAUGGACCAUAGUUGUUCCUGUUGGAAAUUUGGCUGCUCUACAAUUUCAAGAAUUUCAGAUAGGGCCAAGAUCUACCUGUGAAACUGACUAUGUAGAGUUGAUAAGCGUAGAAAUGCCAGCGAACGAAGAAGGAGCUCAAACUCGAUACUGCGGUGAUGAUAAUCCGGCUAUGUUCGUAAGUGCCAGCAACAAACUCAUUUUACGUUACACAACGAGUUUGCAUAAUGCUGGAACAGGAUGGAUUGCUCUGUUCAUGGCUACUGUUCCAGGUCAAAGAUUAGAUGAUCUUUCACAACUUAGUGGCUAUCAUUUUAAUCAAAUCGAAUAAACUUUUCAAACUAGCAUAACACAAGUAAAAUCUUCAAUACAACACAAAUAAAAAUUCCAUACUGAUUUGUUUUGAUACAAAAAAGAAGAUCCAAGAUAUGUUAUUUCCUGUAUUCACAUGGAGAUUUAUCCAGCUAUUUACAGAUGUAUACAUAAAUAAAGGACUGUCUAUAGACUCUUGAGUUAAUUUGGUGGAUUUCAUUUUAAGUGUGCAUUACGCAGCCUGGCGUAAACAUCCAUCUUUUUACUUUCUUAGAAGAACUGAAAUAUGGAAGUUUUUUAGUACUUGAAAUUUUGGUAAUGCCACCAAUGAAUUUCAAUGAAUCAUUGUUCUAUUAUUGCCGAGUGGUGUUCAUCAUGAAAAAUUUCGAUUCAAUCGGGGCUCUUUAUGUGGUGAAAGCAGUAUUUUUAACCCCAAACUAAUUCUAAUAUUCCAUUUUUACGGUAUCACACUCCUUUCACUAACCAAGUGGCUCAGGUGGGUGAGACAACUUCCUAGUGUAGGCCACGUGAUAUUUUUUGCCCUGCAACGCUAAUUUCAUAAUACUAUUAAAUAAAAUAAUUAAUAGUGACUGUAAUUAUUAAUUGGGCUACGCAUGUAUGUAAAUGUUUCCGUCUUUAUUUCAUGUAAAUGGCCGUCCUGCUUAUAGCAUUAACAUUUUAAAAACUGUUUCAUUGAAUAUUUUAUUGUAGAAGUGUGAUAUCGUUAACGGCAACAAUUUUACCUUUUGAAAUAGCAUCCAGGAUCAUUAUUCCUUCUUCAAAUUUUAAAAUUUCAGUCACUUCCUUAGUUUCAUCAAUGAUUGUUCUUUAAUAUUGCACUUUCGUAGUCUGUGUUUUUGGAUAACUUCUUUUUAGUUUUAUGUGAAGGUUGACUCAUGUUUAAUUCCUCAUAUCCAAUAAGUUGUCCGAGCUAUUUCAACAAGAACUUUUUCACAAUUAUUUUUUAUAAUGUGCAGAGAUUAUACUUCUUCUCCAAAUAUUACAUUCAGCAUUUACGAUUUACUAUAAAUAAAUGGACUAGAAUUUUGUCGUUUUGAAAUAUCCAAAUAUUACAAUAUCCAAUCAUGUUCUAACGUUGUGUUAAACCAUGUGACUUUGCUGUCUUGAUGAUAAGCUAACAAAGACGCCUCAGCAAAAACUUCAUAUAACCAGAAUUUUGUGCUAGUUUUAUGUCCUCUAAGCCGGAAAAAUUAUUUUGGUUUUAUAGGUUUUUUUAAUGAAAAAAACAAUUGUCCUGGUGUCGGAGUGGUCACCAGUGUCUAAGUAAACGCGAUGUGAAAGUGAAACUGUCGUCUUUUUUUCUAAUACUAUAAUUAUAACACACUUGACCUACUCUAAAUAAUUAUACUAAUUUUGAAAUGUAAAUAAAUGUACACUCUAACAAUUAAAAAAUUACAAGUAAAUUUAUCCAGUAACGCACCUACGGG